CCGUCGGAAGACUAAAUCCGGUGACCUCCCAACGAUUCUCUCUCCAGUAACUUGCAGGAUGGGGAAUGAUACCAAGGCUAGUCGUAAAGGUAAGGAUGAGGAAAGUAAUGAUAUAAAAGGGAGAAACAUUGGUAACAGAUCAUCAAGCAGUUUGGGUGCUGCUAAUGAUACUUGUGGUCUAAGAAAGUCAGCUAGAGAAACAUCAUUGAAGAAAAACUUGACUCCAAGCCCUUCAAGUAGUAGAAAGUCUGAACGUAUUGAGAAGCAGACCCCCCCUACAAUUCCUCCUGUUAUGAGGAAAUCUGAGAGAUUGGUUGAGAAACAAAGUUUACCGACUCCUUCUAGAAGGCCUGAGAAGGGUAAGAAUCAGUCGUCAUCUAGUUCUUCUGGUUCAACGAAGUGUGGUAAAAGCUCGGGCUCUUUAAUUAUGAAGGAAAAGCACAAGAAAGAGAAGAGUGUGAAACAACUUGAAACUGAAGAAGUUGGAAACAUUGACAAACCUGUUAUCAGAACUGUCCUGGUUGGAAUUAAGAGAAUGGAUGCUUGUGCUUACAGGGAGCUGUUCAAACAGAAACAAAAGAAAGCUAGACUGGAAGGUAGCCAAGAUCUGAUAGUAAAUAGGACACAUGGGGUUGAUACUGAGGUGAAGAGUGGUUGCAAAGUGAUGUCUUCUAAACAAAAAGGAAGUAUUGACGACUUGAAUUUUGAUGCUACGGAAAUGGUUUCAAAUGAAGAUGGCGAUGCAGCUCCAUAUGAGUGCAGCAGAACUGAUUCUGUGGAUUCAUGUUCCAAAAGGCAAAGGUUAAAGAAGUGCAAUGAAGUGUCCAACAAUAGCACUGAUUCACCUUCUCUGAAAGCUGCUUUAAUAGGAACUUCUGGAGCUCCAGUGCAUAAGAUGUCUCAAGUCAUGCCAAGUUCAAUUGGCCUUCUUAACACAACUGAUGCGAAUCACGUUGCCAACUUCUCACAUUUGACUAGUAAAUUUUCACAAGUACUGAAAGCCGACAUGGUUGGGUAUAAUGGAGGGAGGAACUUGCAUGAUGAUUCUGAGAAGAGUCUCCAUCUUUUUUUGAAGCCUGAGAUGGCAAAACUUUGUGAAAUUUUGCAACUCCCAGUAUGCAUCUCAUCCCUCUGAAGAAGUUAAUUUCUCUAGCACUUGUUCAUGAAUGCGGCAGUAGGUUCUUUGAUGUGGUGUAUUGGGUCUGCCUAAUAGCCAAUAAAGAAAAUAGCUCUGAAGAUAUCAGAACAACUGAAAAGAGAAGCAAAUUAUUGGUAAGGUGGAAGAAAAGAAUAGCAAAUUUCUAUAGUAUCAACUGACAAUGUGGAAGAAGAGAAUAACACCUGAUUUGCAGAAGCUGGGAAUAAUGUUGAAACUCAAAUACACUCUUACAACGGCAAUUUACAACAAAAAGCAGAAACUGCGCAAAUCCACUGGAAGGAAUGGAGGUUCGGUUUUGUCAACAUGAAAUCCAACCUAAUGCAAACAGAUCUCAUACAAUCUUUGAAUGGGCAUUGGUUUGACUCCUACAAGCUGCUGGCGAAUCUUCAGCGUUUCGGCAGGCAGCGUCGUGAGCAAAAGAAAGACAAUCUGCGACCACUCCAAUCUUCUUGUUGCUUCCCUGUUCCGAUUAGAAACAGAGAUUCAAGAAACUAUGCUACUGUAUGAGCAAAUGAACAGUUUUUACUAUGUGGAUUUGUGAUUAAACUACAAUGCUAAAUAUACCAACUCUGUGGAUUUGUGAUUAAACUUGGAAAACAACUACAGUACGAAAAAAGCCAUA